ACUUGCAGUCCAGUGCGCGGCCCGUACGCUCCUCCACCAAUCGACAGGCACUCUUUCAUACCCUCGACAAGCAAGAAACAGAAAGAAAAAUGUCUCUCGCCGAUCCAGUAGCUUUCAUGAAGGAUUUCCUCGCCGGAGGAAUUUCCGCAGCCAUUUCUAAAACCUGCGUCGCUCCGAUCGAGAGAGUCAAGCUACUUCUGCAAGUCCAGCACAUCUCCAAGCAGAUCUCAGAGGAACAGAGAUACAAGGGUAUGGUAGACUGCUUCGUCCGCAUCCCCAAAGAGCAGGGUGUCUUGGCGUACUGGCGCGGUAAUACCGCCAACGUUAUCCGGUACUUCCCCACGCAGGCCCUCAACUUCGCCUUCAAGGACAAGUACAAGCAGAUCUUCCUGAGCGGCGUCGACAAGAAGACGCAGUUCUGGCGGUACUUCCUGGGAAACUUGGCGUCCGGCGGUGCUGCCGGGGCCACGUCUCUUUGCUUCGUCUAUCCUCUCGAUUUCGCCAGAACCAGGUUGGCAGCUGAUGUAGGAAAAGGCGCCGGCGAACGCGAGUUCAGCGGCCUGGGCAACUGCCUCACCAAGAUCUUCAAGGCCGACGGUCUGGGCGGCCUCUACCGAGGAUUCGGCGUGUCCGUCCAGGGCAUCAUAAUUUACAGAGCCGCCUUCUUCGGCUUCUACGACACCGCCAAGGGUAUCCUGCCCGACCCCAAGAACACGCCGCUGCUCAUCUCGUGGGCCAUUGCUCAGACUGUUACCACCAUUGCCGGCAUCAUCUCGUAUCCCUUCGACACGGUGCGUAGGCGCAUGAUGAUGCAGUCCGGCCGCAAGAAGACCGAAAUCAUCUACAAGAGCACGGCGCAUUGCUGGGCCACCAUCGCCAAGAGCGAAGGCGCGGGAGCCUUCUUCAAGGGGGCCUUCUCCAACGUGCUGCGUGGUACCGGUGGUGCCAUUGUCCUGGUCAUGUACGACGAGAUCAAGAACGUCAUCAUGUAAUAGUCCUUAUUUACGUUUCACCGCCGAGAGGAGAUGUUAUCUUAGCUCGCGAACCAUCAACAUCGUCACUAGGAACGCUUUAGCAAAAUUGUGUCCUUCGGGUUUUGCUCCUGGGAACCAUUCCGGGUGGAGGAACCACUUUUUGGCGGUUCGCUGUCGAUCCAUCUGUCUUUGAAGGAGCACAGCUCGGAGGAGUUUUGUAUAUAGUUGUACAUUUAUUUAUUUUUUCCGUUCGUUAUGAGACUAGGCCUGGGCCGAACUUCCCCCCCCCCUUCACAGGAAGUAUGAUUUAGGUUGAUUUUUAAGGAAAUCUUGUAGGUCGACUUUGUUUUGAAGUUUUGCGGGUCCGCCACGAAAUACUGUCGAUUUUGGUUAACC